UCGAAGAUGGCGGACGAGGCUGCCGACACAUCCGUACAGAUGACUGUUUUUGUGUUGAAAUCAAUACUACAUGUAUUUGGACGUAUCCGCAAUAUCAACGAAAGAGAGGAAAGCACUAUACAGGCAAGCAGAAAGGAGUAUGAAGCAGCUACAUUCCGUGCACGCAGAUCCCACCGGAGAAAGAAAGCUGCUGCGUUUUGGCUCUGUGUCCAGCAGCAGCGUGAGAAGGCCAUAUGGAAGCGUGAGAGACCGAGCGGGGAAAUAUUCUGGGCAGAUGUUUUGCAGAACUUUGACGAUGUGCAGUGGAGACGUCAUUUUCGCAUGUCCCGGUGUACGUUUGAGUAUGUGUUACGUCUGGUGAAACCCGCCCUAACACGAAAGAUUACACGGUGGCGAAAACCACUUGAACCGCGUCGGAGACUGGCCAUUGUUCUUUGGUGGUAUGCCACACCGAGCGAGUACAGAACAAUAAGCUGUCUCUUUGGUGUAGGACUGUCCACUGUAUGUGGCCUAGUGCGUGAAGUUACAUCUGCUCUAAAGGACAACCUACUCAAGCGUUUCAUUUGCCUGCCGAAAGGGGAACAACUUCAGAAGACCUUAGAUGGAUUUGCAGAGCGAGGUUAUCCUAUGUGUGCAGGUGCCAUCGACGGAAGCCACAUUUCCGUUAUUGCUCCGAGGGAUGAUCCAGCUUCUUAUUACAAUCGGAAAGGAUGGUAUUCCAUUGUACUGCAAGGGGUUGUAGACCACAAUUUCUGCUUCACAGAUAUAUACGUGGGGUGUCCUGGUAGAACACAUGAUGCAAGAGUGCUUCGCAACUCUCCUAUCUUCAAGAUGGCUGAAGAACAAAAUGGUUACUUGUUUCCCUGUGAGAAAUCCAUGACUGUAGAUGGUGUGGAGGUACCCAUCCAUCUCGUCGGAGACGCAGCUUACCCUCUGAAGAAGUGGCUAAUGAAAGGGUUCACCCAUCACCACCUAACUCCCGAACAGAACACCUUCAACUACCAUUUAAGCUCUGCUCGAAUGGUGGUUGAAAAUGCAUUUGGACGUUUGAAGGGUCGUUGGAGGUGCCUUGCCAAGCGCAAUGAUGUGGACAUUUCUAUAAUGCCGGACAUUGUUACUGCUUGCUGCAUACUGCACAAUGUUUGUGAGAUAAACAAAGAGACCUUUUUGCCUGAGUGGGACAUUGAUGCUGCUACUGACCUCCCACAAGAGCCUGACACAGAGGUUUUUCAUGCACCACAGACAGGUAGCACAGAACAGAUACGAGAGGCAAUGAUGAGCAUUCUUUAAAAAAGAGCUCGGUCUGAUUUUU